AUGGGCCAUCGCUGCUGUGGCAAACAGAAGGUCAAGAGAGGUCUAUGGUCACCUGAAGAAGAUGAGAAGCUCAUCAAACACAUCACCACCCGCGGCCAUGGCAGUUGGAGUUCUGUCCCAAAACAUGCAGGCUUGCAGAGAUGUGGCAAGAGUUGCAGGUUGAGGUGGAUAAACUAUUUGAGACCAGAACUGAAAAGGGGCUCCUUUACUCCUGAGGAAGAACAGAUUAUCAUUGAUGUUCACAGAAUUUUAGGCAACAGAUGGGCUCAGAUAGCCAAGCACCUCCCUGGAAGGACAGACAAUGAGGUGAAGAAUUUCUGGAAUUCAUGCAUUAAGAAAAAGCUCAUGUCACAAGGUUUGGACCCAAAAACCCAUAACUUGAUCUCUUCUCAUCAGAGAUCAUCUAAUAAGAUUGGAGGCAGCAGCAGACCACAACCCCAUGACCAACAGAAACCCAUUUCAGUAAAUUUCACUACUGUGAAUUCACAGAAGAAAAAUUGUUCAGCAGAAUUAAACUCAUCAUCAUCACCUAUAGUAACAUUGUACAAUGCUCAACAACCUCCAAUGGUCCAAACCAUAGCCACACCACCCACUCAUCAAUAUCAUGAUGAUCAAAACCCUAAUGCUGCUUGGACUAGUGUUAAGGAUCCUACCUUCCAUGAACCAUCUGCAGAAAGCACACUCAACAUUUCCUCUUCAUCAUCAUCUUCCUCAAUGAACCUAUCAGUGUUUGGGCUCUUGGAUAAUAGUAAUUGCCUCUAUGCUGCUGGUGCUCAGCCCUUUGAAGCCCCAAGAAUAUUAUUAGAGGGAGAGCAAUCGAUGGGAUCAGAAGAAGUACUGCAGCAAGAAAAGGAAAAGCUCUUGGAUAUGGAAAUGAUCAAGGCUAUUGAUCAGGACAUGGAUGCUUCAUUGAUGGAGAGCUCUAGCUUUGACUUUAGCUUUUUGGAGUCUACACUUAUGUCUACAGGAGUAACAUCUCAUGAUCUGAACUCUAUGGCUGAUUUUGCAUGGAACUAUUAG